AAGGUUUACCGGUGGUCCAGCUCUACGUGAUGCCGUCCUUCUUCCUGGCGGUGCUGAUCCUUGGCCUCCCCCUCAAUCUGCUCUCCCUCUGGGUCUUCUUCCACCGCCUGCGGCGCUGGACCCGCAGCACGGUGUUCCUCUUCAAUCUGACCCUGGCUGACACCUCGUGGCUGCUGGCCUUGCCUUACCUCAUCAACUACCAUCUGGACCAUCUGUACUGGAAGCUGGGGCUGACCUUCUGCGCGGGCGUGAGGAUGUUCUACCACAACUACUUCUACCUCAGCAUCUUCUUCGUCACCUGCAUCAGCGUGGACCGGUACCUGGCCAUCGUGCACCCGCUGCGCUCCCUGGUGCUGCUGGGCCGGAGGCAGACCUGCCUGCUGUGCGUGGCGAUCUGGGCGGCCGCUCUGAUCCUCAGCAUACCUGUUGCCACCAUGACUCUGAUCCAGACCUGCCCCGGGAGCAACCGCACAGUCUGCACCCUAUACAUACUGCUGAGUGAGACCGGGGAGAGCCUCCCUUAUUCCCUUUUUUGCUCCCUCGUCGGCUUCCUCUUCCCGCUGCUCUCCAUCUGCUACUGCGGCCUGCACAGUGUUAGAGAGCUGCGCCACCGGUCCUGCCGCCCCGACCCGCACAACAAGCAGCGACGGCUCCGGCGGGUGCUGAGCGCAGUGCUGGUCCUCUUUGCGCUCUUCUACCUGCCCUACCACCUGAGCCGAAACGCGGCCAUCGUGAUGCGGGUGGUCUACCCCGAGAGCCCGGCCUCCUGGCACAAUGCGGACCUGGCCUUCGCCCUGGAGAUGUGCUUCUGCAGCCUCAUCACCUGCGUUAACCCUCUGUUCAGCUGCUUCAUAGGAGGCCAGUUUAGGAAGGAGUUUCACGGCACGUUUGCGGUCAUAUUCUCCCAGUGUCCGGGUACGCAGGUGGCCUCUAUGAUAUCUAAGCGGACCCGGAUGACGGUGAGGACAAGGCAGGGGAUGUCGACUGUCUCACCUGUGUGCGCACUGCCCGCGCCUCGUUCCCAGUGAGCUGUACACAUGUAAAGUGAUAAUACUCUUUGUCUAAUAGUCAUUAAACUGUAUAUGAAACAUUUGUACGUCCUUUGUUUAAUCGCCUGUUUUGUUUAAUUGGUGGAAUAGGAUAAAUACACUGUAUAUAACAAUGGUUUCCAGUCUCCUUUAUCUCAUUCAAUCUCUGAGGUUUGGGUCUCUUUAACUUCCUUACACAACACUGCCUCUGCGUGGCUGACUGCGUACUGUACUUUACAGUCUGGUUUCACGUGUGUGAAUAGCAUGUCUGUCUUUAAUUAAAAAUAAUAAUAAUCA